AUGAAAAUAUUAACUUAUUUUAGACAAGACAGCGGAAGAUUUAUUUUAAAUAAUCAAAAAAAUAAUGUUCAAUUUAUUAUAUGGCAAAUAUUAUGCUUGCAAUCAUUAUAUUAUACCAUUUCUAGUGCAAUAGUUUUUAUUUUUUUUACUUUUAUUAAUUUUUCUAGAAAUAUAUCUUAUAUUUUUAGCACAAAAUCUUAUUUUAAUGGAGAUGAUGCUUUAUUUUACAUGUUUUUUAUAAAUAUAUUAAAUUCCGUUAUAAUGUCAUAUCCUAUAAAACUCAUUGUAAAAAGAGCAAAAAAAUGCUUAGACUAUGUUUUAACAUAUAAUAUAAUACACUUUAUUUUAUCUGUUUUAGUGUCAGGGUUUCCUUUAUCAUGUAUGUGGUAUAUUAAUUUUUUCUUUAAUAUUACUUUAACUGUGCUUAUUAGUGAAUAUAUAUGUUACAAGGAGGAAAUGAAAGAAAUUAAAAUAAAUAAUAUUAAAAUAUAA